UCCUUAAGUGACCUGUAUUCGUUUCAUCCCUUUUCCAUUUUCUGGUACUUAUCCCCCAUUAAAUUCCGCCAUCCGUCACUCAAUUACGCAAUAUUAUUUCUGUACGUGUGCAUGUGCGUGUGGAAAGGUAACCACCAGCGAGCUAUAUAAGGCACCAACCAAGACACAUCACACACUCUUCAGUAGCAGCACCGCAGCACCAGGUCACAAGACUCGCAAUGAUCCCCAAGGUGUUCUUAGUUAUGAUGAUGGUGGGCGUGGCCUUGGCUGCACCUGAAGACCUGUACGGAGCACCUGGACCACAAGCCGGAUACAAGAUUCCCUACAACUUCGAGUAUGGAGUCAAGGACGAAUAUGCGGGCACUGACUUCAGCCAAGCAGAGGAAUCUGACGGCAAUACUGUCACAGGUUCCUAUACUGUUCUCCUUCCCGACGGCCGCAAACAGACAGUGACCUACAUCGCUGACGACUACGGUGGCUACAGGGCUGAGGUCAGUUACUACGGCGAGGCUCAGUACCCCUACGAGUACGGUCCUCCUAUCACCUUCAAGCCCCAGGCAUACAAGCCUUCCUACCAACCUCCUCCAUACCAGCCCGAACCUGUAUACCAAUAAUACCAUAUUUAGUAUAGUUAUUGUACCAUACACUGCGAGUUUUGUUCGAAUCGAUGGGUAACUUAUAUUUAAGGAAUUAGUAUUAAAUAAAAUUUUAACCAAUAUAUUUCUUUUAUAAAUAUCACUUUUUAUUUAAAAAAUCUCAUACCUCUUAAUUACUUUUGUAUAGAGUGUUUAUAUCACAUCUCUUACAGUUUGAAAUAAAUUACUAAUGAAAAUAUAUUCAACACUAUACUGCAAUCUGAGGAGGAAAAUUUAAAUUCUCAUUUUACGUGCCAUUUUGUGCCGCAGUUUGACCUUCUGGUCCAUCACUCAAAAUCUUUCAAUAAUUACGUAAAUGUCACAAGUUCAUUGUAUGACAACACGUAGGAAGGAUAUGUUUCCACGUCAUACUGCAUAUUACACAUUGGCGGAACGUAAGUGCUAAAGACGUGAUCUUACUGCUUAAAACUGGCACAUAUU